GCUCGUGUGAUAACUCAUGGGGUUUACCCAGAAAUCCCCAUGGUUUAUUUGUUUCCCGCCAAAAUCAGAAUGUAUUCUGUUUCUUUAGUAAGUUUCGAUAAAUUUACCCUUAAAGAAGGGCGAAUUUAACCUUGAAAGAUCACAGAUAUGGGAUACAAGCAUGAGCAGUUUUCCAAAAAACUUGAUCAAAACUUUCAGUGUCCUAUAUGCCAUGAGAUUUUCAAGGAGCCUAUGACUUGCACUGCAGGUCACACUUUUUGUGGAGAAUGUAUCCAAAGGUGGUUGGAAAGAAACAAUAGGUGUCCAGCAGACAACACCCAUCUCAACAAAAGUUCUCUCGUGCCUAACCUAACUGUCAAGGGAAUCAUAGAUGUUCUAGAUGUCUACUGUCAUCCAGUAGGCAUUGAGAAUACUGAAUUGAGUCCUGCAAAUAAGAGAAUCAAGCUAGAAAGUAGUACAAGUGAUGAGGAGAACUGUUGCUGGACUGGCAAACUACAAGAACUUCCCACCCACAGAAAAACUUGUGCUUUUGAACUAGUAUCCUGCACAUUUGAAAACUGCAAGCAACAAGUCAAAAGAAAAGAUCUUGAAAAACAUAAAGAGACAUGCAAGUACAAAAAGGUGAUUUGUAUGGAAUGCUCAUCUUGUGUGGUAGAAUGUAAACUGCAAGAACAUCUAGAGAAUUGUACUGAUAAUAGUGAUUAAUGUACCAAACAUUAACAAAAACACUCUUUAGUAAUUACUAGUUGUUGGGUUACCUGUGUAAGUGCCUGCCUUAGGUCAGCGGAAUCUCACGUUUUGUAACGACGGCCAUGUUUGUGUAAGCACAUGGUUUACUUGAAUAAAGCCUACUUUCACGGCUUAA